GCAGCAGCGGCGGCGGCAGCUCCGGGCUCGGCAGCCGCGCCGGCGGCGCACCCCCCGGCCCCCUGUCCGGCCGCCCCGGCCUCGGCUCCCGCGGGGGGACACCAUGUACUGGCUGGCGGCGCAGGGAGGCCGGCGCCCGGCGGGGAUGUUGGGUUAACGGCAUGGAGAACAGUCACCCCCCCCACCACCACCACCAGCAGCCCCCGCCGCAGCCCGGCCCUUCGGGCGAGAGGAGGAACCACCAUUGGAGAAGUUACAAGUUGAUGAUUGACCCGGCUUUGAAAAAGGGGCAUCAUAAACUGUACCGCUACGAUGGGCAGCAUUUCAGCCUGGCGAUGUCCAGCAACCGCCCGGUGGAAAUUGUUGAAGAUCCCCGGGUCGUCGGCAUCUGGACGAAAAACAAGGAGCUGGAGCUGUCGGUGCCCAAAUUCAAGAUCGAUGAAUUCUACGUGGGCCCCGUGCCUCCGAAGCAGGUGACAUUUGCCAAGCUGAAUGAUAACAUCCGUGAAAACUUCCUGAGGGACAUGUGCAAGAAGUAUGGAGAGGUGGAGGAGGUGGAGAUUUUGUACAACCCCAAGACCAAGAAGCACUUGGGCAUUGCCAAGGUGGUCUUUGCCACAGUCAGGGGAGCCAAGGAGGCGGUUCAGCACCUGCAUAGCACUUCGGUCAUGGGCAAUAUCAUCCACGUGGAGCUGGACACCAAAGGGGAAACCCGCAUGCGGUUCUAUGAACUGUUGGUCACUGGUCGAUACACACCACAGACCCUCCCAGUGGGUGAACUGGACGCCGUCUCUCCAAUCGUGAACGAGAGCCUACAGCUAUCAGAUGCCCUGAAGCGCCUCAAGGAUGGUGGCCUGUCUGCAGGCUGUGGCUCUGGCUCAUCCUCUGUCACCCCCAAUAGUGGUGGUACACCCUUCUCCCAGGACACUGCGUACUCCAGCUGCCGCCUAGACACACCCAACUCCUACGGACAGGGCACGCCGCUCACGCCACGCCUGGGCACCCCCUUCUCACAGGACUCCAGCUACUCCAGCCGCCAGCCCACACCCUCCUACCUCUUCAGCCAGGAUCCCACAGUGACCUUCAAGGCCCGGCGCCAUGAGAGCAAGUUCACAGAUGCCUAUAACCGCCGCCAUGAGCAUCAUUAUGUCCACAACUCUUCUGCAGUCACUGCAGUGGCAGGCGCCCCCACUGCCUUCAGGGGCUCUGUGGACCUCCCGUUCGGGGUGGUCAGCAGCAGUGGGGGCAGCAGCGGUCCUCCGUUCAAGGCCCAACCACAGGAUUCAGCUACCUUUGCCCACACUCCACCACCUGCCCAAGCAAACCCUGCUCCUGGAGUCACAUUCAAGUCGGCUUUCUCUCCGUAUCAGACCCCUGUGCCCCCUUUCCCCCCACCCACCGAGGAGCCCACCACCACAACCACCUUUGGGGCCCGGGACAGUGGGGAGUUUCGGAGAGCACCAGCGCCCCCACCCCUGCCGCCCACUGAUCCUCUGACCAAGGAGAAGCCAGGCACACCGCCUGGCCCACCACCUCCUGAUGCCAACAGCAUGGAGCUGGGUGGCCGGCCGACCUUUGGCUGGAGUCCUGAGCCCUGUGACAGUCCAGGCACGCCUACGCUGGAGUCGUCUCCUGCUGGGCUGGAGAAGCUGCAUGAUAGCCUAGACUCACGCAUUGAGAUGCUGCUGAAGGAGCAGCGCACCAAGCUGCCCUUCCUUCGGGAGCAGGACUCAGACACAGAGCUGCAGAUGGAGGGCAGCCCUAUCUCCUCCUCCUCCUCUCAACUCUCCCCAUUGGCCCCCUUUGGCACUAACUCCCAGCUGGGCUUCCGAGGCCCCACACCACCCUCCUCACGUCCCUCCAGCACCGGCCUGGAGGAUAUCAGCCCCACACCACUGCCUGACUCGGACGAGGAUGAUGAGCUUGACCUGGGCCUGGGGCCCCGGCCUCCACCUGAGCCAGGUCCCCCGGACCCCACCAGUCUUCUGGGCCAGACAACUGAGGUAGCUGUGGACCUGGCUGGAGACAGGACCCCAACCUCAGAGAAGAUGGAUGAGGGCCAGCAGUCCUCUGGUGAGGACAUGGAGAUCUCGGAUGACGAGAUGCCCCCGGCCCCCAUCACCAGUGCUGACUGCCCCAAGCCCAUGGUGGUGGCCCCAGGGGCAGCAGCUGUGGCAGCUCCCUCGGUGCUGGCCCCGACCCUGCCGCUGCCCCCACCCCCUGGCUUCCCACCACUGCCCCCACCCCCGCCCCCGCCUCCACCACAGCCUGGCUUUCCCAUGCCCCCUCCUCUGCCCCCGCCCCCACCUCCCCCGCCCCCCGCCCAUCCAGCUGUGACAGUGCCCCCACCACCCUUGCCGGCACCCCCACCUGGGGUCCCACCCCCGCCUAUCCUGCCGCCACUGCCGCCCUUCCCACCAGGGCUGUUUCCAGUGAUGCAGGUGGACAUGAGCCACGUGCUGGGUGGCCAGUGGGGCGGCAUGCCCAUGUCCUUCCAGAUGCAAACACAGAUGCUGAGCCGUCUGAUGACUGGCCAGGGAGCCUGUCCCUACCCGCACUUCAUGGCCGCCGCCGCCGCAGCUGCCUCAGCUGGGCUGCAGUUUGUCAACCUGCCACCCUACCGCAGUCCCUUCUCACUGAGCAACACCGGCCCUGGCCGAGGGCAGCCCUGGCCACCCCUGCCCAAGUUUGAUCCAUCAGUUCCGCCACCGGGCUAUGUGCCACGCCAGGAGGACCCACACAAGGCCACUGUGGAUGGCGUCCUGCUGGUCGUGCUCAAAGAGCUCAAGGCCAUCAUGAAGCGUGACCUGAAUCGCAAGAUGGUGGAGGUGGUGGCCUUCCGGGCCUUUGAUGAGUGGUGGGACAAGAAAGAACGGAUGGCCAAGGCCUCCCUGACCCCUGUGAAGUCGGGCGAGCACAAGGAUGAGGACAGGCCAAAGCCCAAGGACCGCAUGGCCUCAUGCCUGCUGGAGUCAUGGGGCAAGGGUGAGGGCCUGGGCUAUGAGGGUCUUGGCCUGGGCAUUGGCCUGCGCGGGGCCAUCCGCCUGCCCUCCUUCAAGGUCAAGAGGAAGGAGCCUCCGGACACAACCUCAUCCAGUGACCAGAAGCGGCUGCGGCCCUCAACCUCUGUGGACGAGGAAGAUGAAGAGUCGGAGCGGGAGCGGGAGCGGGACAUGGUGGAUGCCCCCUGCGAGCUGGCCAAGCGGGACCCCAAGGGUGUGGGUGUGCGGCGGCGGCCUGCCCGGCCGCUGGAGCUGGACAGUGGCGGGGAGGAAGACGAGAAGGAGUCCUCGUCGGCAUCCUCGUCCUCGUCGGCAUCCUCGUCCUCGGCAUCCUCAACGGCCUCGCCUUCAUCCUCAGCCUCCGACGAGGAGGAGCGGGAGGGCACCGAGGGGGACGAGGAGGGCGAGGAGGAGGAGGAGGAGGGCCCUGGGAGCCAGAUCUCCUCCUCCUCGACCUCGUCCACGUCAGAUAAGGGUGACGAUGGUGAAGAUAGCGAUGGCCGGGACGAGUCUGAGGAUGGCGAGGACACAGCCCUGUCAGGGGCGAGUGAGAAGGAGGAAGGGGACUCAGGUGGAGAGGAGACAGUGAGCAUCGCCGCCUCCCAGGCUGGAGCCAGGUCCUCCAGCGAGAGCUCCGAAUCUUCUGAGUUCGAGUCAAGCUCUGAGUCCUCAUCGUCAUCCUCAGAGGAUGAAGAGGAGUUGGUGGCAGGAGAGGAGGAGGAAGAUGAGGAGGAGGAAGAGGUGGAGGCAGCCACAGAUGAGAGCAUGGCUCCAGCUGCUCCUGACAAGGACUUGGAGAAGGAUGAGGACACAGGGGCACCCGCGAUGGAGUCCUUGGAUGCGGAAGAGGAGGCGGACAUUGAGGCUGAGGACCGGGCCCCUGAGGAGCAGACUGGCAUGCUGGAAGAUGCCCCCCUGCCUGUGGUCAUUGAGCUGGCUGGCUGCAAGGAACCCCCCAAGGAGUCAGGCUUAAAUCAGGAAGGGACGAGGUUGUUGUCUGCAGAGCUCCCUACCAGAGAGAUGGAAGUCCAGCCCCCACCGUCCCUGGAGCCCACCCCAGAGGGUAACUUGGAAGCAGAGCCUGAGCGUCCAACGCUGCUCUCCUUGCCCGUGCAGCCACCACUGCCACCACCACUGCCACCCCCUCGGCCACCCCGGCCGCCCAGCCCGCCGCCGGAGCCUGAGACCCCAGAUCCCCCACACCCCUCUGUCCCUCUGGAGCCUCCCUCUGAGGACCAGCCCCCACGUACUCCAGGCCUUUGUGGUAAUCUGUCCAAGUCGCAGAGCACAGAAACAGUGCCAGCCACACCGAGUGGGGAGCCCCCACUAUCAGGAGGCAGCAGCAGCCUGUCACUGAGCUCCCCACAGGUGCCCGGCAGUCCCUUUUCUUACCCAUCCCAGUCUCCCAGCUUGAGCAGUGGGGGCCUCCCAAGGACACCUGGCCGGGACUUCAGCUUUACUCCCACCUUCCCCGAGCCUGGGGGGCCCCUGCUCCUGCCUGUCUGCCCCCUCCCAGCUGGCCGGCGUGAUGAGCGGUCUGGCCCCCUGGCCUCCCCGGUGCUCCUCGAGGCAGGCCUGCCGCUCCCCCUGCCCUUGCCCUUACCCCUGCCCUUGGCAUUGCCUGUUCCUGUCCUGAGGGCCCAGACUCGGGCCCCUGCCCAGCUGCCACCCCUGCUGCCUGCCCAGCUGGCUCCAUGCCCACCCCCCAUCAAGAGGAAGCCGGGCCGGCCCCGGCGAUCCCCGCCGGCUGUGCUCUCCUUGGAUGGGCCCUUGGUCCGGCCACCAGGAGGGGCUGCCCUCGGCAGGGACCUCCUGCUCCUGCCGGGCCAGCCACAGACCCCUGUCUUCCCCAGCACCCAUGACCCCCGGGCUGUGACCCUGGACUUCCGGAACGCGGGGAUCCCAGCCCCCCCACCGCCCUUGCCCCCUCAGCCCCCACCACCUCCACCUCCACCACCUGUUGAGCCUGCCAAGCUGCCCUUUAAGGAGCUAGAGAACCAGUGGCCCUCUGAGGCCAUCCCUCCGGGUCCCCGAGGGCGUGAUGAGGUCACCGAGGAGUUCAUGGACCUGGCCAAGGUGCGGGGGCCCUGGCGUCGGCCGCCUAAGAAGCGCCAUGAGGAUCUGGUAGCCUCGGCCUCGCCUGAGCUCUCACCACCACAGCCCCUCUUCCGGCCCCGGUCAGAGUUUGAGGAGAUGACCAUCCUGUAUGACAUCUGGAAUGGUGGCAUUGAUGAGGAGGACAUCCGCUUCUUGUGCAUCACCUAUGAACGGCUGCUGCAGCAGGACAACGGCAUGGACUGGCUCAAUGACACCCUCUGGGUCUACCAUCCCUCCACCAGCCUCUCUUCAGCUAAGAAAAAGAAACGGGAUGACGGCAUCCGUGAGCAUGUGACAGGCUGUGCCCGCAGCGAGGGCUUCUACACUAUCGACAAGAAGGACAAGCUCAGAUACCUCAACAGCAGCCGCGCCAGCACCGAUGAGCCCCCCACAGACACCCAGGGCAUGAGCAUCCCAGCGCAGCCCCACGCCUCCACGCGGGCGGGCUCGGAGAGGCGCUCAGAGCAGCGCCGCCUGUUGUCGUCUUUCACUGGCAGCUGUGACAGCGACCUGCUCAAGUUCAACCAGCUCAAGUUCCGUAAGAAAAAGCUGAAAUUCUGCAAGAGCCACAUUCACGACUGGGGCCUGUUUGCCAUGGAGCCCAUUGCUGCUGAUGAGAUGGUCAUUGAGUAUGUGGGCCAGAACAUCCGCCAGGUGAUUGCGGACAUGCGGGAGAAACGCUAUGAGGAUGAGGGCAUUGGUAGCAGCUACAUGUUCCGGGUGGACCACGACACCAUCAUUGACGCCACCAAGUGCGGCAACUUCGCACGCUUCAUUAAUCACAGCUGCAACCCUAACUGCUACGCCAAGGUGAUCACGGUAGAGUCGCAGAAGAAGAUAGUCAUCUACUCAAAGCAACACAUCAACGUCAACGAGGAGAUCACCUAUGACUACAAGUUCCCAAUCGAGGAUGUCAAAAUCCCCUGUCUCUGCGGCUCCGAGAACUGCCGGGGGACCCUCAACUAGGCUGGCGCUGGCACCCAGAGGAAGCAUGCCAGCCGCCGCCCUGGGUCUGCGGAGCGCGGACCCCACGGCCCCAGGGCCCGGCCCCCUUCCACCCCAUUUCAGGUGCUGUCCCUCUACCCAGCGGCCAUGUCAGGGCUGGCGCUCCCAACACUACCCCAGGACCUGCCCACAGCUCCAGCCCCCUCAGGGGGAAAGGGCUUCUCUGUCUCAGCCCAUGUCUCUUUUGUUUUUUAAAGACUCCCUUCAGGAUCUUUGUUUGAUGCCAACAUAAACCUCCCUGUCUCUGUCUCUCCCUGGCUCUCCCCUCCC